AUGCCAGUUCCCAGCCCUGAGAGCAUGGCUUGGAAGGAAGGGGGCACAAGCCCACCCUCGUGUUUCAUCCAGUGCCUGGACCACCUGGUGCUGACUGUGAAGAGCAUUGAGGACACUGUGGCCUUUUAUUCCAAAGUCCUGGGCAUGGAGGUGGUGACUUUCAAGGGCAAUCGCAAAGCUUUGUGCUUUGGCCAGCAGAAGUUCAACCUGCAUCAGGCUGGGCAGGAAUUCGAGCCCAAGGCUCGGCGCCCCGUGCCCGGCUCUGCAGAUUUCUGCCUGAUCACAGCAGAGCCCCUGGAGCAGCUGCUGGAGCAUCUGCAGGCCUGUGGGGUGGCCAUUGAAGAAGGCCCCGUAGCCAGAACUGGUGCUGUGGGUCCAAUAACCUCCAUCUACUUCCGAGACCCCGACGAGAACCUGGUUGAGGUUUCCAGGUACUGCACGGAAGUGGCUGCAGGCACUGAGGGGCAGCCCUGA